UUCUUGCACCGAUUUAUGUAAUAGACCCGAUAUCAAUUAAAAAGCAAUCAAAAAGGUGCACACCUGUUGCAUUGUACUAAAACAAUGCACUUUUAUACAUUCAUAAUGUUGAAGACAAACUAUAAAGCGUUUAAGUUCAAAAUUUCGAUCAGAUCUUGGUUUCCUUUGACACAGUUCGGAAAAUGUAUGCGUAAUAGGGAGUAUAGGUGAAAAUGAAGUGUUUAGUAUAUCUUGUUCCAUUAGUUUUAGUUUGUAGACGUGUUACAUCGGAGAUAAAGGGUAGUGUUAUGAUGAACAUAUUAACAAAAGUGAAACCAGUUGGACGUAGCCUAGGCUCCAGAUUCGUACCACUGACAGAAGUCCCACCACCACACAUACCACACUCCAGGUCCGGGAGACGGCAUCUAGAAGACGAGUGUAGUCAAAAACCACACUAUAGGGAGGUGUACGAGGGCGGGAAGGUGGAUAUAAUCGGGGACUAUUAUGACGAAAGGGUUGCGAAGACUGUUGCAACUGUGAUCAUACCGGAUCAUAUUGAUUACAAACAUUUUCAAGUGACGACUCAAGUUCCAUACCUCACCCUGGGUCCAAUAGAAGCCAUAGGCUAUCAUCCAAGCACCAUGAAGAGUGAGCAUCCCAGUGAAUGCGAGAAAAUCUAUCAGGAUCACAUACAGGAAAUGUAUUCUGAUGAGACCACGGAUUAUUCCGAGGAGUCUUUAGAAAUGGCUAAAAUGCCGAUCGGUCCCGCAAAUUCAGUGAAGCAGAAAGAAAUCGAAGAUCACUUGAAAGAAAUGUACGAUGACAUGGACAAAUAAUUGAGCUCAUUGUCUGCAUUUUGAUACUUUUUAUACUUUGUGUAUCUUUUUUAAUACAUUUU